ACUAACGUGUGCUUGGGAAUAAUUCUCCCAGAUUAGUGCAUGUGGAUGUCAGGCAAAGUCCUCUGAGCUUAGUCAGGGCUGUGACUGUGCACCCAGUUGGGUUUGCUUCACUUGUCAGUAGGUCUGUGGUGUUGAUUUUUACUGCAGCUGCUAUGUUGGUACACAAGAGGUCUAAAGCUCCCAGUUCCUCUUGGAACAGAAAGCCUGUGCUUCUUUCUCACAUCUCCUGCCAGCUGGACAGGUUCCUCAGGUGAUAAAACUAGACUUUCUCUCAAAGGGUUUUGCUUGAUUGGCAGCUCGAGUGUAAACAGUAGAAGAUGAGCUCAAAGUCUUCUUGGCUGAACUAAACCCACAGACCUUAUGAUAAGGACUGAGAGUGUGGUGGUUCACGCAACUGCUUCCUCCAAAACAGGCUCCAGAGUUAUGUAAUACUUGGACAUGCUGCUUCCCAGUGAGAAUUUUAAAUUUUGGCAGGUACUAAAGCAAAUAACACAGAUCCAAAUAUUGUGGUUGCUCUUCCGUAACUGUAAUCCCUACCUCAUUUUAAAGGCACAGGAUGGGACAUUUUGCAGAGCUAAGUGGAGCUGGGCAUCCUAAACCUAUUUGUACCACUGACUUGCAGUGCAGUUUUGAUUUCUGUAACGCCAAGCAAGCACAGCUGAUCUUGUUGCAAGACAGUGAGAUGAGGAUGAUCCCUGCUGGCCUUGUUUCCAAGCAGCCACAAUUGUUGACAAGGGAACAGUGUGGCUGGUAAAGAUCUGAGUGUGUGCAAUGGGACUGGCAUAGGGGCCAGUUGUCUGUGGAGAUGGUGUGUCUUGUGGAGAAGGCUGAUGGUUGGAAAUGCAGGUGUGAAGCCAGCAAAGAAAACAAAGGACAGUUUGUGGGGAUGGCCUUGUCAGAGGGGAUUCUGUGCUUUGUUUCUGACAUAGCAAUAGUUUGUGCAUUCUUGAGUACCUGCCCCAUUAGCACUGACUUUCCUACCUACACUGUAAAGCAGUGCUGCCUUUUGGGAACAAACAGGAUGGAAACUCUGAAGAUGGAUACAGUCUAAGAAGCAGCUGCAGUAGACAAUAAAAAAUAUCUGCUGGUGUGCCUGAAAUAGGGGUCUCCUCAAGCCAGGUCUCACAAGCUCUUGGAGAUCUAUUUCACACCCAAGAUAGCUCAGCUACCUUAGAAGGCAUAAAAUCAGCAGGAUGGCUUCUGUGGUAGUAUUGGAAACAAAUUUAGGGUUUUAAUAAAAGGCAAAAUAACAAAACUCUUUACAGAGAAAAACCAAACCAGGGCAAGAGGUUCUUGCUCCUGUAAAACACCUCACAAAAGAGAUUUGUUUCUUUGUUCUCUUCUUUUUCUAGUAAAUUGCUCAGGGGGAACUUUUAGGCUCCAGUCCAACUAGCUAUCCUUAAGUUUGAGGUGAAGUCCCGCAGGUCCUAUGAGAUGUCUUUUCACCUAAUUGAGGAGAGAAACUUCUGGGCUUAUUUCCUUUUUAAGGGGACAAAGGAUAGUUUUGUCACUCCAUUGGGAGCACAUUCCUAUGCAUGCCCAGCCCAAGGCUACAGUCACUAUCAGCACUAUCUAACCAUAUGCUUUUUCCUGUGUUUUCUCCAGAUUUCCUACUACAGCUUACAGUGUUACAGUGAAAGCUGGCAAAAAGUGAUGGUGAUGAAUGUUGGGUCUCAGCAUAGUCUUCUUCAAUCAUCUGCUGCUCACCCCAGCAGUGCCCGCUCCGUGCAGAGACCCACGGACCGACCAUCCUCUGUCUGCUCCCCUCUGCAGAGCUCCCACCAUGGUUAAUGAGACCCAGCACAGCUGCAGUGCCAGCUCCAGCUCCAGGUCUGAUGGUGGCAGCAGCAGCGGCAGCGAGAGCUCCAAGGACAACUCGCGCUGCUCCACCCCUGUCCUCGACGCCGACCGGCACGAGCGGCUGCGCGAGAAGAUGCGCCGCCGGCAGGAGGCUGGAGACAAGUGGUUCUCCCUGGAGUUCUUCCCUCCACGCACAGCCAACGCUGCUGUCAAUCUCAUCUCCAGGUUUGACCACAUGGGAGCAGGUGGUCCCCUCUUCGUUGAUGUGACGUGGCACCCUGCAGGGGACCCAGGAUCUGACAAGGAAACCUCUUCCAUGAUUAUUGCUUACACUGCAGUGAACUACUGUGGCUUGGAGACCAUCCUGCACAUGACAUGCUGCAACCAGACCAAGGAUGACAUCACAGGGCACCUGCAGAAGGCCAAGCGGCUCGGGCUGAAGAACAUCAUGGCACUGCGUGGAGAUCCUUCUGGUGAGGAAUGGGAGGAAGAAGUACAUGGUUUCAACUAUGCUGUUGAUCUGGUUAAGCAUAUUCGCAGUGAAUUUGAUGAUUACUUUGACAUCUGUGUGGCAGGCUACCCCAAGGGUCAUCCUGAAGCAGAGAGCUAUGAGGCAGACUUGAGGCACCUGAAGGAGAAAGUCUAUGCUGGAGCAGACUUCAUCAUUACACAGCUUUUCUUCCGACCAGAAACCUUUCUCAAGUUCAUGAGGGAUUGUCAAGCCAUUGGCAUUACCUGCCCCAUUAUUCCUGGCAUCUUCCCUAUACAGGGUUACCACUCCCUGCGCCAGCUGGUGAAGCUCUCCAAGCUGGAAGUGCCCCAGGAGAUCAAAGAUGUGAUUGAACCCAUCAAGGACAACGAUGCAGCUAUCCGGAACUACGGGGUGGAGCUGGCAGUGUCCAUGUGCCGGGAGCUGCUGGACAGUGGGAUGGUGCACGGGCUCCACUUCUACACCCUCAACCGGGAGGUGGCCACCACCGAGGUCCUGAAGCGCCUGGGCAUAUGGAAUGAGGACCCAAGGAGGCCUCUGCCCUGGGCAGUCAGUGCUCACCCCAAGAGGAGAGUGGAAGAUGUCCGGCCGAUCUUCUGGGCCUCCAGGCCAAAGAGCUACAUCUACCGCACCCAGGAGUGGGAUGACUUCCCCAACGGCCGAUGGGGUAACUCCUCCUCUCCAGCUUUUGGGGAACUGAAGGACUAUUACCUCUUUUAUCUGAAGAGCAAGUCUCCCCGUGAGGAGCUUCUGAAGAUGUGGGGAGAAGAACUGACCAGUGAGGAAAGUGUCUUUGAGGUGUUCACAUGUUACAUCACUGGAGAACCCAACAGGAAUGGGUACAAGGUCACGUGUAUGCCUUGGAAUGACGACCCUCUUGCCACUGAAACCAACCUUCUGAAGGAGCAGCUGGAGAAGGUCAACAGACGAGGGAUCCUGACCAUCAACUCCCAGCCAAACAUCAAUGGCAAGCCAUCCACAGACCCCAUUGUGGGCUGGGGGCCCAGUGGAGGUUAUGUGUUCCAAAAGGCAUACCUGGAGUUCUUCACCUCCAGUGAAAUUGUCAGGGCACUGCUCAAAGUGCUGAAGAAGUACGAGUUGAGAGUGAACUACCAUAUUGUCAAUGUCAAGGGCGAAAAUAUCACCAAUGCUCCAGACCUGCAACCCAAUGCUGUCACCUGGGGUAUCUUCCCAGGAAGGGAGAUCAUCCAGCCCACUGUAGUGGAUCCUGUAAGCUUCCUCUCCUGGAAGGACGAGGCCUUUGCACUGUGGAUCGAGCAAUGGGCCAAGCUCUACGAAGAGGAAUCGCCCUCCCGCAUGAUCAUCCAGUACAUCCAUGACAACUAUUACUUGGUCAACCUGGUGGACAAUGACUUCCCACUAGAAAACUGCCUCUGGCAGGUUGUGGAGGAUACUUUUGAGCUGUUGAACUCUCCAACUCAGCAGUGAAAAUUCUUCUUCUAAUCUCUUCCUCCUCCCAUCCACUGACUUCGGGGAAAGCAGCAGCUCCUGUGUUGACAAUGAACACACUCCUACACUGUGACCAGGGUGGUUCUCUGAUCUACCCACACUUCUGCUCUUCUGUCCCCAACACUAAGGCUCCCUGAGCCAUUCUCACUGAACAUUCGCCAGAACUACCUGAACCUCUGAGCUCAGGCUCCAGACUAAGCCCAGAGGCCAGGGUCUGCAGGAUGAAGAGCUGCUAAUCAUGGUUAAGCUAAUUACAGUAACAGAAGAACAGGAGAUUCUGGUAACUUUCCCCUCUGGUAACUCUCCUGUGCCAGAAAUGCUGGCAGGGGAACAGAAACACUCCUGUCAUGCAAGGGGAUUAUAUCAGCAGUUACCAACCUGGAAAAGAAGGUCAAAUUGCUUUUAUAUUGCACUCUUAAAAUAUAUUUCACAGUUGAUCAUCAGGCACUUUUGCACUCACUCCAGAAGAAGGUUCAAAUUUUCUUCCUAACUUUUCUCCUUGUAUUUUAUUUCCUGUUUUCUUUUUAAUAGUCUGGAUAAGACUAAGUAGGAAUUGUACUAUUUCCUAGAUUUACAUACAAUAAAAUUCAUGCAUACAAA